CAAUAAAAACAGUCCCUCCAGGCACAGAAUCAAGAGAUCAAUUCUCGGAGUUACCCCGAUCAAAACUCACGGACUUCCAUCGGCGAUUGACUGUGUCUGUUGAUCUCCGUGUGAUGUUGUUGUUCUUCCUCCCCCGCCCCCGCGGCAUGAUCGGAUUGUAUUCCGCGAUCGUCCAGAUGGAUAAUUUCAAGGAGAGAGUUAUAAAUGGGAAUUGACCCGAUUUUUACUGUUAUAUUAACCUAUUACGCCGUUAUCGGUUUACUUCUUCUUCUUCUUACCCCUCACUAGGCACGAUUGUCCGCAUCAACUUGAUUAAUCUGAAAGAAAGAAAAGAAGAAGAAAUAACGAAUCCAACAUGCCUCACCCUUCCCUCAAAGAUAACCGCGCCCUCUCUAUCCUCGACAAUGCCCUGGCUGGCGGCUACGGUAUUCCCGGCAUGUGCUGCUACAACGUCGAAGGCAUCCUCGCGACCGUCCGCGCCGCCGAAGCGAAGCGGUCUCCAGCCAUGAUCCUCCUCUUUCCCUGGGCCAUCCACUACGCCGACGGCCUGCUCGUCCACGCCGCCGCCGAAGCAGCCCGUAACGCCUCCGUGCCCGUCACCGUGCACAUGGACCACGCGCAGACGCCCGAGAUCAUCCGUCGUGCGGCCGACAUGGGCGGAUUCGACUCUAUCAUGGUCGACAUGUCGCAUUACGACAAGGCGGAGAAUCUGGCCAAGACGAAAGAACUCACGGCGUAUUGUCACGAGCGGGGGAUCGCCACCGAGGCUGAGCCCGGACGCAUCGAGGGCGGAGAGGACGGCGUGGCUGACACGGCUGAUCUGGAAGGCCUCCUCACCACCCCGGAGGAGAGUCAGGAGUUUGUCGAUACGGGUAUCGACUGGCUCGCGCCGGCGUUUGGAAACGUGCACGGCUCGUAUGGUCCUCGGGGAAUCCAGCUCGAGUACGAUCGGUUGGACAGCAUCAAUCGCGCCGUGGGCGAUAAGGUCCGGAUCGUGCUGCAUGGUGCGGAUCCCUUCACGACGGAGAUCUUCCAGAAAUGCAUCAAGCACGGCGUGUCGAAGAUCAAUAUCAACAAGGUUAUGAAUAAUGAGUACACGCGCGUGCAGGCGGAGAGGUCGGGUAAGGCGCCAUUGACGACGGUUAUUGAGGAGGCUACCACUGCCAUGCAGAAGGCUGUGGAGAGGUGUAUGGAUAUGGUCGGUUCGACGGGGAAGGCUUAGAUAGAUGGUGGUUGUAGAACGUACGAGCGACUUUUGGUUGUAUAUAGAUGUCUCCACUGCAUGAAUUAUGCUUACCUACUGUUUGGCGCAGAGCU